AUGAUCAUUAGCAAAGGCCUUGCUGAAUAUUUAUGAUCUCCCUUAGUUCACGCCUUAAUUGGCGCGACCUAAUUAGCAUCGAUCACGUGUGGGCGUGGCUUAGCAAAACGGUACGGAUGUGAUGCAUUAGCAUAAGGGACAGUCCUGUUGGAUCAACUUGCCCUUGAUCUAGGCACAAAAGUGAUCCCAUUGAUCCCAUUUGGAUUACCACCACCCCGUACAGAGGAAGACCUGACACAUUUUAUACACGAACAUUCACUCUUCCAUAUUUAAGUAAGUUCAAUGCUCAGUGGGUGUAUUGUUUUUACUCCAGCUGAAAGCAUCAUACAUUUACAUCAUAUAUUGCAUUGUUUGGAUUUGUUUGCCCUCCUUCUCCUCUUCUGUCUUCUCUUUCUAACCAAUCUCUAUUUAUAAUUCAUCUAUAUGGGAUGAAAUAUUUUUAUAUAACCUUUCAGAACUUUAAUGACAGUGGAACACACUAUUGCAAUUCACUCUGAAAUGGAAAAUACAUCAUGCGUCGCCAUUCAACAUAAAUUCAAAUAAAACUGACCUUUAACAGGUGACUGACAAACAAGCCCUGCGGGGAAACACAAGACUCACACCACUGAUUUUCCCCUCACAUGGGUGUGAUGAGGUAGAAUAGGUGUUGAGAAAUAACAUUUUGUUAUAUUUAGGUAUCGAAAAAUAAUAUUGUGAUUAUAGAGAGCAGCAGAUAGUUGCAAUAAAAAUAAUUUCAUGCUUAUCGAAGUAAUAAAUUAUUUCAAUGAAUUCAAUGUGGUCAAUGCUACUGUAAUAUUGAUGUUUUGCUUGAGUCAGACAGGCAAAUAGCCCAUAUAAAGUGAACAUGGCCCCUUCAGAGACCCCAAUGGCUGGUUUAAAGCUAAUAAAACAAUCUCGGGGGAACAUAUUAUUGGCAUUAAUGUAUUACAAUGGCAAUUUUUCCUUCUGGGUCCGUUCAGGACAUUACCAUUAGCCUUCCAGAUGGAGAGACUUUUUUCAUGUAUGCAUUCUGAUAUAUUACACAUGUAAUUCAAUUAAAUGCACAAAUCUGUUUCCUACUACAUAUUACAUUAUAUUACGUAAUCAAGGUCUAGCUAUUAAAAACACACCUGUUUGAAGCACUCCCACAACAUGCAGUUCAAUCUGUGCAAAAGCAUCCAAAACAAAAUUAUAUAGAUGAGAACUGACUGUCUGAAGUAUUUUAAAAAUUCUGCUUAUGUAUUUUCUAAUACAUUGUACAAAGUAUGGGCUGUUAACAUUAAUGUAAUGUACUGUAGAUGUAUUUCAUUCAUAAAUUGUUUGUCAUUGAAAGUCAUUGAAUAACCUAUUUGGAUUAAUGGAUAACUAGGUGAUCAGUAUUCCUGUAAUAUAUGAUUCAUUCAUAUAGGUUUUUCAGUCUUAAAAGAUAUUCAUUUGUCAUUUAGAGCCACUGGAGAAAUCAAAUUGUUUUUUUGUUGUUUUUAUAAUCAUAUUUGCCCUAUCAUACACUAGCAGGAGGAAAUGUGUUAUUAUGGAGGCUGGAAUUGCGCAGCGCUUGGAUACCUAUUUACCCGUCAAGUGCCUGGGUAAUAAUUGAUAGAUUUCCUGAGAGGACAAAAACGGGACCAGAUGGGGCCAGGUGCGUUAUACCGCAGUUGCAAGCAACUCGGAGUGAGUUGCAUGGAUUGUUUUGGUGCUCGUAUUGUUCAGUCAGCUACAGUGGACAACAGCCGAUCCAGGCGCAGGACUGCACACAUGGGAUAGAUUUAGCAAACUUCCAUAUCCCGGUGACAAAGCCUUCCUUUAUGACAUUUUCCCCGACAAGUUUAUGUGGGCUGUCGGCACCGCUGCAUAUUCAGUUGAGGGAGCCUGGGAAAAAGACGGGAAGGGUAAGUCUAUCUGGGACACUUUUACUCGCGGAGGGACCCGUGUGUCCAGAGGCGACGUAGGCAGUGACAGUUAUCACAACAUCCCGGGAGACCUCCGAGCCCUGCAGCAACUUGGAGUCAGUCACUACCGGUUUUCUCUGUCCUGGCCACGCAUUUUCUCCAACGGCACCAAAGAAAGUUACAAUGAAAAAGGUGUGGAAUAUUAUAAAAGUCUAAUUCGAGGUUUGAAGGAUAUUAAAGUGCAGCCUGUUGUGACUUUAUAUCAUUGGGACCUGCCAGACAGUUUGCAAACCCUCUUUGGAGGCUGGAGCAAUUCGGUUAUGGUGGAACUAUUCAGAGAAUAUGCAGAUUUUUGUUUUAAAACAUUUGGAUCAGAUGUGAAAUUUUGGAUUACCAUUGACAAUCCUUUUGUUGUGGCCUGGCAUGGAUAUGGAACUGGGGUUGUGGCACCUGGUAUCAAAAAUGACUCCGAUUUGCCUUUCAGAGUGGGACACAAUCUUCUGAAGGCUCAUGCUGCAGCCUGGCACUUGUAUGACGAGCGGUAUCGUUCCAGUCAGGGUGGGCUAGUGUCUAUGGCUCUGGCCUCCCAUUGGAUCAAGCCUAGCAGAACCAGGCAGGAGAACCGCAGAGCCUGCCAGUGUUCUCUGGACUUCGUGCUCGGCUGGUUCGCCCGUCCGUUAUUUGUGGAUGGAGACUAUCCACCCUGCAUGAAACACAAUUUGACCCAUAGACUGCCAUCCUUCACAGAGGCUGAGAGCAUGUAUGUUAAUGGAACAGCGGACUUCUUUGCCCUGUCUCACGGACCCGCUCUUAGUUUUCAGCUGAUCAACGACAGUCUGCGCUUUGGCCAGACAGAAGAUCUAGGUUUAAGGAUGCUGCUGUACUGGGUCCGUGCCGAGUACAACAAUCCUCCAAUUUUUGUAGUGGAAAGCGGAUGGUAUGGAAGUGGCAACAUGAAAACAAAGGAUGCCAAGCAUAUGUAUUACCUGAAGCGCUUUAUUAUGGAGACUCUGAAAGCAAUCCGCUUUGAUAGAGUAAAUGUGAUUGGCUACACAGCCUGGUCUCUGCUGGAUGGGUACGAGUGGUACCGUGAAUAUGGAAUACGACGGGGGCUAUUCUUUGUGGAUUUCAACACUCCUGAUCUUAAGAGAGAGCCGAAAACAUCUGCCACUUUCUAUAGCAAACUAAUAGAGAAGAAUGGCUUUCCUCAGCUUCCCGAGAACCGCCCUGCACAGGGCGUCUUUCCAUGUGACUUUGCCUGGGGAGUUGCUGCCAACUCCAUACAGGUCGACACUACACCUACCCAGUUUGCUGACCCUAGCGUUUAUAUAUGGAACAUUUCUGGUAACGGAGAGUUGAAAAAGGUCCCUGGUGUGCAGGCGCCCCCUAUGCACAGGACACGUCACUGCGCCGACUACGGCAGCAUCCUCCAGCAGGUGUCUGAUGUGCGCCGUAUGCAAGUCUCACACUUCCACUUCUCCCUCAACUGGUCCUCCAUCAUCCCAACAGGCCGGGUGUCUGAUGCUAACGAAACACUGCUAAGAUACUACCAUUGCUUUGUCAGUGAGCUACAAAAGGUUAACGUAACCCCUGUUGUGACCCUUUGGCACCACACAGGGAAACUAUCCAGUCUACCGGCAUCCAUGGAGGCUGGUGGGGGCUGGCAGAGCGAGGAGACAGUCCAGGCCUUUGCAGACUAUGCCAGGUUGUGUUUCCAGCGACUAGGAACUCAUGUCAAACUGUGGAUCACCCUGAAUGAGCCUAACGAAGAGGAUCUUGAAUACGCCGUGGGCCACCAGCUGCUUCGUGCACACGCGUUAGCUUGGCACGUCUACGAUAGAGAGUUUCGCAGAACCCAAGGCGGUAACGCGUCACUGGUUCUUCAUAUGGACUGGGUCGAACCUGCGUUUUCAUUCAGCAAGGAGGAUGUAGCACCUGCAAACCGAGUCCUGGACUUUAGAGUCGGCUGGUUUGCGGAGCCCAUCUUCGGUAGAGGUGAUUACCCAGAGGUGAUGCGUAGCUGGCUCCAACAGCGAAACAAUAUCGAUCUCUUCAACUACCACUUACCGACGUUCAGCAAAGAGGAUCAACUGUUGGUAAAAGGAACCUACGAUUUCUUCGCCAUCAGCCAUUUUACUACCUCAAUGGUAUAUGAUGGAGUGGAAGACAAAUACACCUUCAAGGACAAGUUGCAGGUUCAGCUGAUAUCUGAUGUGACCUGGAUCAUGUCUCCAAGACGCAACUCUCCUGUGGUCCCCUGGGGUCUUCGCAAGGCACUGAACUGGGUUAACUCUCGAUACAAAGGGGUUCCCAUUUAUGUGAUGGCCAAUGGCGUUCAAGAGGACACUGCUAGGUUUAAGGAUAGCUUGCGUGUCUACUACCUUUACAACUACAUUAAUGAGGCCUUGAAAGCAUAUACGCUAGAUGGAGUCAAUCUGAAAGGCUAUUUUGCAUACGCGUUCAGCGACCAGUGGGACCCAGGCUUUGGCAUGUAUGGUCACGUGCAGGAGGAAGUCAUUCUGAAAUCUUCACUGGCCCAUUACAAAAACAUCAUCCGCCACAAUGGCUUCCCUGCCACAAGCACAUCUCAGCAACAGUGUCCCCAUGCUCCAGUGCACAGCUCUGGCCGUUAUAUCCUCACCAAGCAGCCUGUCGUUGGCUUUCUCUCUCUAGUGAGCUCUUGCAUGCUGAUCACAGUGUGCCUUAUUAUCUACUACGCAGUCAAGAGGCACAAAAUAGCCACCAAAAAGUGAAGGAAAAUGGUUCCAGUGGACUCUUAUUCUUUUAAUUUAUUUGUCUUAAUGGUUCGUUUAUGACAGCCUAUAGUGUAUCACUGCUUUUCACUCUCUGGUAUUUCUCAAUGAACACUACAUGAGCCAGGAAGACCUAGCCAAUUAUUUAAUUUCAGCAUUAUCAUGUAAAAACUCUAUUUAUUUGUAAAAAGUAAGAUAUUUGCAUUAUUCAGUCAAGUUUUUUUGCACGCAGGUUAAAAAAAAAAAAGUUAAAGAGAACGUUACUAUGUUUAGUAUAGGUGAUGUCAUUGUCAGAUAUAUUAAAUAAAUGUUGCAAUUCAAAAAUC